AUGUCCUCAUCAACAGAACAGCUCUUCCUCGCCCUCUUGAGGAGCGAUCACAUCAAAGACUCCCUCCUCCCUCACCUCUCAACCGAAGACAUUUGCGCCGUCCGUCAGGCUUCAUCUGCCUGCUGCAACCUCGUCACCAAGCGCCUCUUCACUCGUGUCCACGUCUCCUUCUCAGCCUCGACCUUUACCAGACCUGCCCGCGUUGCUGCCCUCGCCCGUAUCGGUCACCACAUCGAACAUCUCACUUUCUACCUGCCUCAUUCAGACGCUACCUUCCUCCCUCCUCUCAUCCAUCCUGUCUCUGGUAACGAGAUAUGCUUCCUGUACACGCCUCACACGAGCAUGGGCUCUGUCCUGUCCCGGCCCAAGUACGCCAACGCUGAGCUUGGCGACAUCCUCACCCAACAGUAUCCUCCUCUCUUCCACGCCGCCACCAACGUGCCCAGCUUCAUCAAUGCCAUGCGCAACUUGACCAACAUGCGCCAUCUCACUAUUCGAUGUCCCGGACAGGACCCCAGAGAGCGAUAUCGCCGCGAUAUUGUCGACUAUGCCCUCAUCAGCUUGCGUAUCUCACUUGAGCGUGCCCCCUUGACCAAGCUGAACAAGCUCUCACUCUCCUCCCUUCACCCCGCCGCCUUCAACUACCUCCGUCAUCUCAAUGGUUUUGGAACUGUCCCUUCAGCCGGCCGUCGCUGGAGACAGAUCCGCAAGCUCUCCAUCUCUGUUGACUCCUGGGACUUUUACGGACCAUCCCCUGGUCGUGAUCACCUCAAGAUCAUCGACGAGUACAUCCGCACCUUUGCCCCCAACCUUGAGAAGUUUGCCUUCACCUGGCUUGGCCGCAAGGGACCUUGCCCCGUUGCCCUGGCCGCCGACCCCUUGUUUGCGCCUCCUCGCGCCUCAAGGAAGCUCUUCCACGAAGUCACAUCCCCUAUGUCACCACUGCCUACACCCCCAACAAGAGGACCUAUUCACUUCCCCAAGUUGCGCUACCUCCAGAUCCGGAAUUCUACCAUGAACGCGCCCCAGUUGAGCACCCUUAUCAACUCUCACCGUCCAACAGUCAAGGAGUUUGACUUUGAGAGUGUCGUCCUCGCCGACAAUGGUAACUGGGACGACGUCCUGGCGCCUAUUGAUACCGACGACGCCUGGUCUCGCAGCAGCAGCCUGGCUACUCCAUCCGAGUGCAGUCUUGUCACAAGCCCUAGCUCAGAGCAUCUACCAAGCCCCAGUGCCGCAGUGGCUGCUGCUAGCCGCGAGCUCUUGGAUAUGGACCUUGGUGGCUUUCCCUUUGACGACCUGGAGAGAGAUGUCAUCGAAGAGCUGCCCCUCGAAGACGAGUUCAUUGCUCCUCUUCAAAUAGCGCCUACAGAAUCAGAAGUGAGCUUUAGCACGAAGCUCAGAAAGAAGCGUUCCCGUCGCCGCAGGAGAAAGCAUCGCAGCGAAGAUGGCGAUGCCCCUGAAAUGCCCUCUCCCUCACAUCGCCACAAGCUAUCCAAACCCAGACUCCGUCCAUCACUGGAAGAAGACGACUUCCGGCCCUCUACUCCCGUCCCCAACAUCACAGCCCCCAUCCUCGCCUCAGACCCCCAACCCGUCCUCCUCCAGCCCACCACAUAUGACCCUGCUAGGAGGCGGAGCGCUGCUUCAGACCCAGACGAGGGCAUCUCUCCUGUUCAGCGCAAUAUUGAAAAGGAGGAGGCGCACCGGCUGCUCGCCGAGGACGCCGCGGCGCGGACAAGCGCCCUGCAAAAGGCCAAGGCUGCGGUCUUGACAAAGCUAAGCCGCGAAUUCUGCCACGGCAAGAAGCCGCCGCGCGUGGGUGAGGCCAAUGCGUGCAGGCUCCUUGCAGGCCGGGACCUGGGUACCGCCUUUGGCCCCGGCAUGGUCAUGGAAGACCGAAGAGGACUGGAGAGUCGGAGUGUGCUGGUACCUCUGAUGUUUAGCCGAUCAUGA